AUGCAAUCGUUUCUCUGGUGGAAUGCACCUGAGCUUCCUGAAGGAUGCCAAUGGCGCACAAUGGAGCAUUCAGGAGUCAGUUUUCCGGAGACCUACGAACCACAUGGAGUCAAAAUGAUGUAUGAUGGACAACCAGUUGAAUUGACUCCCAUUCAGGAAGAAGCGGCUACUUUCUUUGCCGCCAUGGACCCCGAAGGUAUGCAUCUGGGCAAUCCCAAGACAGGGAAAAUCUUCAUCAAGAAUUUUUUUGCAGACUUUCGGGAAAUUUUGGGGAAGAAACAUAUCGUAAAGGAAUUCAAAAAAUGCGACUUUGAGCCCAUUCGAAAGCAUUUGAACGAGCAAAAGAUCAUCCGAAAAGCCAUCACAGAUGAGGAACGAAAGGCCAACAAGGAGGACCGGAGUCAAACGCUUCAUCAAUUUGGUUUUUCUAUCGUCGAUGGACACAUUGAACGAGUGGGCAACUUUAACAUGGAACCACCCGGCGCUUUUCGUGGUCGAGGAGAGCACCCUAAGAUGGGCAAGCUCAAGUCGCGCGUUUUGCCUGAACAAGUAUCGUUGAAUCUAAGCGAAUGCGCCCCUGUUCCCCCCUGUCCAGUUCCAGGGCACGCUUGGAGUGAUGUUCGACACGAUCCGCGUGGGCAAUGGCUCGCUACAUGGAAGGAAAACAUCAAUAACCAGUCCAAGUACAUGCAGCUGGCAGCGCAGUCUUCGUUUAAGGGAAAAUCAGAUCGAUCCAAGUAUAGCAAGGCUGGAUUGCUCUGUAAAAACAUUGAAAAGAUUCGCAAAUCGUACAAGAAAGACCUGAAAUCCAAGGACAUGGAAGUUAAGCAAUUAGCAACGGCAACGUGGGUUAUAGAUCGACUGGCACUUCGUGUUGGCGGAGAGAAGGAUACUGAUGAAGAAGCAGAUACAGUUGGUUGCUGCUCGCUGCGCGUGGAACACUUACAUUUUGAUCCCAAUGGCGAAGGUGGUGAUAGCAAAGAAAUUGAGCUCGAGUUCCUAGGUAAGGAUUCCAUGCUUUUUAAACAGACGAUCGACUUUGGGGCGACCUUGUAUAACGAUAGCAACGGUCUGGGGGCGCAGGUCUACGACAACCUAAAGUCUUUUUGCAAGAAGAAGAAAUCUUCCGAAGAAGUUUUUCACGUAAUCAAUCCGACAAUGCUAAACAACCAUUUGAAACAGUUCAUGGACGGCCUUUCGGCCAAAGUUUUCCGUACGUACAAUGCAUCCAAAACGUUGCAAACCGAGCUUCGUAAGUACGAGGUAUCUCCUGCCUGGCGUAACCUUACCGCAUCGGAAAAAGUCGUCGAGUACAAUAAUGCCAACCGUGAAGUGGCGAUUCUCUGUAACCAUCAGCGUUCGGUCAGCAAAGCUCAAGAAACUCAGCUUGAAAACAUCACAGCAAAAGUAGGCAUGUUAAAAAAACAGAAGAAAGAUUUGAAGAAGAUUCUCAAGCUGCUUACGGCGGGAGAGGCUGAUAAAAUUCCUACGAAAAAGUCACCUCAGACUAUGACUGAUGAACAGGUUGUGAAAAAGAUUGAAGCGUGGAACGGUAAGAUAAGCAAAAUGGAAAUGGACCUUAAACACAAGGACGACAAUAAGGAGGUCUCACUCGGAACUUCGAAGAUUAACUAUAUGGACCCCCGGAUCUCAGUAGCAUGGUGCAAACGAAACGAAGUUCCAAUUGAGAAGAUCUUUUCCAAAACGCUGCGCGACAAAUUCAACUGGGCCAUGGCAGUUGUGCCAGACUGGGAAUUUAACGAACACAUUGCCAAAGAAGCUUAA